AUGGCCGCCAACAAAACUCCAGAUAUUACUCUCUACACGGCGCAGACGCCCAAUGGAAUCAAGAUUUCCAUUGCGCUAGAAGAGCUUGGACUCCCUUACAAAGUCGAAAAGAUCGAAAUCAGCAAAGACGUCCAGAAAGAGCCCUGGUUUCUGGAAAUCAACCCUAAUGGACGCAUCCCGGCUAUAACCGACACAUUCAGUGACGGACAGAAAAUCCGCCUGUUUGAGUCGGGCAGUAUCCUGCAGUAUCUGGUGGACAACUAUGAUCCGGAGUACAAGCUGUCAUAUCCUCGCGGAUCGCGUGAGUCUUAUGAGGUUGGCAACUGGUUAUUUUUCCAGAAUGCCGGAGUUGGGCCUAUGCAGGGCCAGGCAAAUCACUUUAGCCGCUACGCACCCGAGCGCAUUGAAUACGGCGUAAAACGCUACACCAACGAAACGCGGCGCCUCUACGGCGUUCUGGACAAGCACCUCGCCAGCUCCAAAUCCGGCUACCUGGUUGGCGACCACGCCACCAUCGCCGACGUGUCGCAUUGGGGUUGGGUUGCGGCCGCGGGCUGGGCAGGCAUCGAGAUCGACGAUUUCCCGCAUCUCAAGGCAUGGGAAGAGAGAAUGGCGGCGCGUCCUGGUGUUGAAAAGGGCAGGCAUGUCCCCGAAAAGCAUACUGUCAAGGAGGUCCUCAAGGACAAGGCGCUGGCUGAGAAGCGGGCAGAAGAGAACCGCGCGUGGGUGCAACGGGGCAUGGCGGCUGAUGCAAAAAAGAAGAGCGGGAGAAAAUCGCCACCUGUGCGAACUAGUCCAUAUGCGGCUAGCGGCCAUGGCUCCAACAACAUCCCUCUAGGGAAGAGGCGUUUCGGCGCCGAUGACGAGGGUAGCGAAGGCUCGACGCCAACUCUGACAACGUCGGAGAAUGGCGCCGGCCGUGGCAGGAGCCCGACUCGAGCUGAACCGCCCGCAGACGGCGUGAAACGACGCAAGAAGCGCAACCGCUGGGGAGACGCGCAAGAGAACAAAGCUGCUGGCCUCAUGGGCUUGCCGACCAUGAUCAUGGCCAACUUCACUAAUGAGCAGCUGGAAGCCUACACGCUGCAUCUCCGGAUUGAGGAGAUCAGCCAGAAGCUUCGUAUCAACGACGUCGUCCCCGCGGAUGGUGACAGAUCCCCGUCGCCUCCGCCGCAAUACGACAACUUUGGACGCCGUGUAAACACAAGGGAAUACCGCUACCGGAAGCGUUUGGAAGAUGAGCGCCACAAGCUCAUCGAAAGGGCCAUGAAGGUCAUUCCCAACUACCACCCGCCCGCUGACUACAGGCGUCCCACCAAGACCCAGGAAAAGGUCUACGUACCUGUGAAUGACUAUCCAGAGAUUAACUUCAUUGGUUUACUUAUCGGACCCCGUGGAAAUACUUUGAAGACCAUGGAGAAAGAAUCGGGUGCUAAAAUUGCCAUUCGAGGCAAAGGCUCCGUCAAGGAAGGAAAAGGUCGUUCUGAUGCUGCUCACACUAGCAACCAGGAGGAGGAUCUUCACUGUUUGAUCAUGGCAGACACCGAGGAAAAGGUCAACAAGGCCAAGAAGCUUGUUCACAACGUUAUCGAAACAGCUGCUUCCAUCCCCGAAGGCCAGAACGAGCUCAAGCGAAACCAGCUUCGACAGCUGGCCGCCCUCAACGGUACCCUACGUGACGACGAAAACCAAGCUUGCCAGAACUGUGGACAAAUCGGCCAUCGCAAAUAUGACUGCCCCGAACAGCGCAACUUCACUGCCAACAUCAUUUGCCGCGUCUGUGGAAAUGCCGGGCAUAUGGCUCGCGACUGUCCUGAUCGUCAACGCGGAACCGAUUGGCGCAACAACAAUGGAGCCAAUGGCGGACGUGGACCGCGUGCUAUUGGAGCAGGCGAUGCUGUGGACCGUGAAAUGGAGCAACUUAUGCAAGAACUUUCUGGUGGCGGCGCUGGCCCCAACGGAGAAGCUCCUCGCCGUAUCGAAGGCGGACCAGGCGGUUACGAGCAAGAUGCGGACCUCAAACCCUGGCAACAACGCGGGCCUCCUGCCUCGGAUGUUGCACCAUGGCAGCAGCAACGUGGCCGGGAUAAUCGUGGCCGCGACGACUAUGGUGGUGGCCGUGAUGACUACGGUAGCCGCGACAAUGGCGCUGCUCCGUGGGCCCAAAGCCGCGGUGGUGGUGGCGACUAUGGCUAUGGCUCCCAGGGCGGUUACGGUGCUCCAGGUGCUCCUCCAGGUGCUCCCCCCGGCGCUGCUCCAUGGCAGCAGCAAGCUCCUCCGCCACCGCCUCCUGGAGGCCAAGCAGGCUAUGGCUACGGAUAUCCUCCUGGUGGCUACUCGUCUGCUGUGCCUGGCGCUCCUCCCGGUGCUCCUCCUGGUCUUUCAGGCGCCCCUCCAGGCUUGGAUUCUAUGUACUAUGGUGCUGGUGCUGGAGCACCUCCACCGCCUCCCCCUGGCGACGGACCUCCUCCUCCUCCUCCAAGCGAUCUACCUCCUCCCCCUCCACCACCGGCCUAA